AUGGGCUUUCACAUCACGGCUGACUCGACGCCCACUUCCCGCCACCAGUCCGCGGGGUCGAUGGCAACUGUGCUUCGUCGCCGAUUGAUUGAGAUCCCUCCGCCGCUAGACAUGGCCGACCUCGGGUCACCACGCUUUCCGCACGUGUGCAUGACCUUUGUCGACCGAACUCGGACCGUAGCUGCCGAGUAUAAGGCAGUGUCCAGUGCAGCCCGGCACGCAGACGCCCGCAGCGAUGGAUGGCAUCAACGUGGGUUCGGACCAUCCGCCGCCCCGUAG